AUGUAUGGUGUUUUGGCAGAUAAACUUGUUCAGGAUGCAAGAAGAACCGCCAAUUUAGAGACACUGCCGUUAUAUCCCACCGAUCUAGUGCGAGCCGUAGUAAGAGAGACACAAGACCAGUAUCAAAGGGCACUGGCAUACCAUGACAGCACCGACGGGCUCUCAUCACAGGACCGUGUGGCGAUGUGUGCAUUGUUUGUUGCUCAAUUAUGCGUACGCCGAAACAAACGAUGUUUGCUGGCCCAUGAAAACCUGAGAGCCUCUCGUUUAGACCAAGCGGUCUGGGCAGAACAAGAACUAAGUGCUGAAACUAUGAGCAAUUUAAGCGCACCGGAGCAGGUGUAUCUCCGGGAAUACACAGAGCUGGUAUCGGACUAUAAAGGAGAGUGGACUGAAGUUGAUUUGACGGGUAGUUUAGAUCCCCCUAAAGAAAUCUACGUUGAAGUGAGAGUUCUUCAAGACGCAGGUGAGGUUCAAACAGAAUACGGUGUAUUCAACCUCACCAAGGACUCGCAGUUCUUUGUUCGGCAAGCUGAUGUUCAAAGGCUGAUCCAACAAGGAUUCGUUCAGCUAAUCUAA